UUAACUGUACAGUUAAGAGACUUAACGCUACCGAUGAACAAACCCUAGACCCCUAAAUCAAUAACCUGAGAGAAUAUACCAAUUCGAAAACCUAAACCAAGCAUUUCAAUUCUCCAAUAUGAAGUUUCAAAUCGAAGAUAUAACAGUAUAUUUCCCCUACGAUAACAUCUACCCAGAACAGUAUUCUUACAUGGUAGAACUUAAAAGAACCCUAGAUGCAAAAGGACAUUGUCUAUUAGAAAUGCCAACAGGUACCGGUAAAACCAUUGCUUUACUCUCUUUAAUCACUAGUUAUUCGUUAUCAAAACAAUCAAACCAACUAAAACUACUGUAUUGUACAAGAACAGUUCAUGAAAUGGAGAAAACCCUAGCUGAAUUACGUGUUUUACAUGAAUAUCAAUUGAAACUUCUUGGUCCAAACGCAAGGAUGUUAGCCUUAGGGUUAAGUUCCAGGAAGAAUUUAUGUAUUAAUCCGACGGUGAAUGCGAGUAAUUCGAGGGAUUCAGUUGAUGCUGCGUGUAGGAAAUUGACUGCAAGUUGGGUAAGGGAGGCAGCCGUGAAGAGUCCUGGUAUUCCGACUUGUGAUUUUUUUGAGAAUUAUGAGAGGGCUGGUUCGAAUGCUAUUCUACCAUCGGGAGUUUAUACGUUGCAAGAUUUGAGAACGUUUGGGAAGGAGAAAGGUUGGUGUCCUUAUUAUUUGGCAAGACAUAUGGUGCAAUUCGCUAAUGUGGUUGUUUAUAGUUAUCAAUAUUUGCUCGAUCCAAAAGUGGCUGGAUUCAUAUCAAAAGAGAUGCAAAGGGAAUGUGUUGUUGUGUUUGAUGAAGCGCAUAAUAUUGAUAAUGUGUGCAUUGAAGCACUUAGUGUGAGUGUAAGGCAGCAGACACUCGAAGGUGCUACUAGGAAUCUUAGCAAGAUGUCUCACGAAAUUGACAGGUUCAAGGCAACCGAUGCCAAUAGAUUACGCGCAGAGUACAACAGACUCGUGGAAGGAUUAGCACAGAGGGGGAACCUAGCUCUCACAGAUGCCUGGCUCGCAAAUCCUGCUUUGCCGGAUGAUAUAUUGAAGGAGGCCGUACCAGGAAACAUUCGAAAAGCAGAACAUUUUCUGAAUGUAUUGCGAAGAUUGGUACAGUAUUUGCGGGGGCGUUUGCAGAGUGAAAAUGUCGUAAAAGAGGGACCUGUUGCGUUUGUUGCUUCAAUCUAUGCUCAGACUGGAAUUGACCAGAAAAUGCUGCGGUUUUGUUAUGAUCGGCUACACUCUCUGAUGAUGACUCUAGAAAUCACCGAUACAGAUGAAUUUUUACAUAUCCAAACAAUAUGUGAUUUUGCUACACUUGUGGGGACUUACACCCGGGGCUUUUCAAUUAUAAUUGAACCCUUCGAUGAGCGAAUGCCACAUAUACCUGAUCCCGUAUUGCAGCUUAGCUGUCAUGACGCUUCGCUUGCCAUAAAACCUGUAUUUGAUCGGUUUCAAUCAGUUGUAAUAACAUCUGGAACUCUGAGUCCUAUUGAUCUCUACCCUCGUCUUCUGAAUUUCAAUCCAGUCAUCAGUCGAAGCUUUACAAUGUCUAUGACAAGAGAUUGCAUUUGUCCGAUGGUUCUUACUCGUGGGAGUGACCAGCUUCCAGUAAGUACAAAGUUCGACAUGAGGAGUGAUCCAGGUGUUGUCAGGAAUUAUGGACGACUCUUGCUGGAGAUGGUGGCUGCUGUUCCAGAUGGAGUCGUUUGUUUUUUUGUUAGUUAUUCGUAUAUGGAUGGCAUCGUCAAUAGUUGGAAUGAGAUGGGAAUCUUACAGGAUAUAAUGCAGCAUAAGCUUGUCUUCAUUGAGACUCAGGAUGUUGUGGAAACUACAUUGGCUCUUGAUAACUAUCGAAGGGCUUGUGACUGCGGGAGAGGUGCUGUUUUUUUUUCUGUUGCCAGGGGAAAAGUAGCGGAAGGUAUAGACUUCGAUCGACAUUAUGGGAGGCUUGUAAUCAUGUUUGGGGUACCUUUUCAGUACACGCUGAGCAGAAUAUUGCUUGCGCGCUUAGAGUAUUUGCGGGAAACAUUCCAGAUAAAAGAAGGAGAUUUUUUGACUUUUGACGCCUUGAGGCAAGCAGCUCAGUGUGUUGGUCGAGUCAUUCGUUCAAAAGCAGAUUAUGGCAUGAUGAUUUUUGCUGACAAAAGGUAUAGCCGACAUGACAAGCGGUCUAAGUUACCUGGGUGGAUACUGUCACAUUUACGAGAAGCACACCUCAACUUGAGCACCGACAUGGCAUUGCAUAUUGCAAGAGAGUUCCUAAGGAAGAUGGCACAACCAUAUGAUAAGACUGGUGGUGAAGGCAAAAAGACCCUGUUGUCAGAAGAGGACUUGAAGAAGAUGGUGCAGAGCAACUCUAACAUGUUUUAAGGAUGUCUUUCUCCAUAUAAAAUUUUAGUACUGCUGGUUUAGAGUUGUAGGUGCUGCUUAAGCGCUUUACUUGUACAAACAGUAUUGUCUAGUAGGUUUUUGCUCUUCAAGCAGUCAUUUUUGGUCAUA